AUGCUGGACUGGAUCCAGGCAGAUGCGACCGACCCCCGUACGCCCAGCGACAAUGAGCUUCUGCUUUCUGAGCAUGUCUUGGACCAGCUUGGCGACGACGUGGCGACGGAGAUGAUGCUGUCGGGUGCCGUGUCCAGCGAGUUGGACGCGUUCUGGUGCGCCGUUACGAGUCCAUCCUCGGACCUAGACAUGCUAGGCGACGCCAGUGCGCAGCCAGCAGAGGCCGAAGCACCACGUCGACGGCAUUUAGCGGCCGUGAUGACAAAAGACGUGAAACCGCGACGGGCAGCGCCAACUGCAGCCAAAGCACGUCUCCGCAGCUACGAGCGCCGCAGUCGCUCCAAGCGCGAGCGCGCCAUGUUGACUAUGAAAGAACGAGUUGCCGUCCUCGAGUCGCGUCUCCAGGAGCGCUGCACGUCUGAGCCGCGCGCGCAUUUGCUCCAGCACAAGAUCAUGGCAUUAGCAAUGGAGGCCACGACCCUCAGCCAUGACAACCACGAGCUGCGCAAAGUACUGGACGACCACGAGUUUUUCCACGUCAUGUUGCAGCUCGAGUACGACCACCGCGAGACAACGUCCGACUCGGUGACCCACAAGCUCCAGGAUACGCACGCGCCGUGGCGCUGCAUCAGCGAAGCCAUGCGUCUCCGCAUCAUGCACGACUCGUGCCUCGAGAUUGCCACCUUCUCCACGAGCGAUGACUUUGUCUCGAGCGGACUCGAGAUCUGUGGCUGGCACGAGAAGCGCAAACUCGAGGGCCACAACGUCAACUUUAUGUUCCACAAACGGUUUGCGACCGCGUGCAGCGAUGAACUAGCGGCCCGGAGCUGGGAGAUGCGCGCCGUGCAGGACCAAGUGACGCGCUUCUUUGGCCACAGUCUCGAGGUCAAAGUCGAGGUGCUCCAGCGCUUUGCGAACGACGUGGUCGUCGUGCGGCGCAAGAUUAAGCACACGCUGGACGGGUGGGAGCACCACACGAUCUACCUGCUCUUCCGCACCAAGACGCCGGACGGGCAUCUCGUGUGCAUUCGGGACAUGAACCCCGUCGACGCGGAUCAGCUGCAGCUGAUGGCCGAGUCAACGAUCACACCGCCAGCUCGGGACGUGAUCUGGUCAAAAGCUUUUAUCUGGUGGAAGUUCACCACGUUGGUACCGGAAGCAGGAGCCGAGCAGCUGCCAAGUGGCUUUGAGGUUGAGUACGGAGGAUCACUGGGCUAUGCGACGGAGGCGGACGCUGCUUUUUGGAUGCGCGAAGUGCUGGUACUCGCGCUGCGGUGGGAGAACUUAGUCGUGGGGCCGCUGAUCACGUUGGACUAA